CUCCCUCCACAAUUUUCUUGACAUGGCUUCCAACACCCUCCAUCACCGGCUCAACAAUGACCAACCCAUUUCCACCAAACCCACCGCCACGACCUUGACCAAACAAGAAAAGGCCAAGAGAGCUCUAAGGUCCCUAGCCAUAGGCAUUGCAAUUCCUCUCACCUUGACCGCAUCCACAAUCUUCUUCUUCGGCUGGGGCCCCAAGUACCGGACCCUAACCCAACCCUUUUGUCUCCCUCCUCUCUGGCUCAUAAACUUUGCCACAUUCUUCUCUUCCUUCCUCAUGGGUCUCUCAGCUUGGCUUGUUUGGGCUGACGGUGGAUUUCAUGCCCAAUCCAAUACAUUUUUCCUCUACAUUGCCCAAGUUUCAUUGAGCAUUUUGUGGGGUCCUGUUCUGCUUGCGGCUGGGGCAGCUUGGCUUGGAUUGCUCAUUUGUUUGAUGAAUUUUGGAGCUCUGUUUGCCUGCUAUAAGUGUUUUCGAUGUGUGAAUCCAUUUGCCAAGGAUCUUGUAAAACCUUGUUUGGCAUGGGCGGCUUAUCUUGCCAUUGUUAAUUCUCGCGUCAAGACUCAAGUGCCCACCCAACACGUUACACAUGCUUUGGUUUUUCUUCACUUGGAGUUCAUGUCGUGAUCUCACUACGAUUGAAAGCUUUUUAUAUGCUCAAAAGAGGGUUCAAUUCCUUUUAAUUGUUUGUUUUCCUCUCAUUUUGGUAUAGAGAUUUUGAUUUAUUCACUCGACUCUAACACUUCUCUUGUUAAUAUUAUGAGUCGUUUAAUAUUCGAAUUUCCCCUCCGUACUGAUUAUUAAGUACAUUGUUUGUUAAAAAUAAUUUUGUAAAUAUCAUAUUAUUUGUUG